CCAAAUAGAAAGCCCCCACAGUUGACCCCCAACUAUGUCUGCUUUUGCAUCAAAAUACAAAACGAUCACUAAAACGACGUAGUAUAUUAAACCCAUCCUUGCCCCUGUUCAAGGAGCAUUACUCUCUCUCUCUCUCUGGCGAAAUUUCCCUCUCACUUUAGGUGCUCCUAAACAAAUUCUUUUGUCUAUUAAUUCUUCUCCAAAUUCUCAUCUUUUCAAUCAUAAAAUUUCCAUGGCUAAUAUGGGUCACCACAAUCUCAAUGCGAAACUUGUAUUGCUUGGAGAUAUGGGCGCCGGUAAAUCCAGUCUUGUCAUACGCUUUGUCAAAGGGCAAUUCCUCGAAUUCCAAGAAUCAACGAUCGGAGCCGCUUUUUUUUCUCAGACGGUGGCGGUCAACAAUGCAACGGUGAAGUUCGAGAUCUGGGACACUGCCGGGCAGGAAAGGUACCAUAGCUUGGCUCCCAUGUACUACAGAGGCGCCGCAGCUGCAAUCAUAGUUUAUGACAUCACUAGCCCGGAUUCUUUUGCCCGGGCAAAGAAGUGGGUGCAAGAACUCCAAAAGCAAGGUAAUCCUAACAUGGUCAUGGCAUUUGCUGGGAACAAAGCUGAUCUCGAAGAUAAGAGGAAAGUGACUGCUGAAGAAGCAAAUCUAUAUGCAGAGGAAAAUGGUCUAUUUUUUGUGGAGACAUCUGCUAAAACUGCUGUUAAUGUCAAUGAAAUAUUCUAUGAGAUAGCUAAGAGGCUACCUAGGGCUCAACCUACUCAAAAUCCAGCUGGAUUGGUUCUAGUUGAUAGACCAGCAGAAGGAUCCCAAUCUGCGUCAUGCUGUUCUUAAGUUUGUUAUCUUCAUUAUCGUCAAAGAGAAGGUUAACCAGAACAUACUGAUCAUGAGUUGCUGUUUUGCAAUGUGUCAUUCUUUAAUAUCUCUGGUUUGUUGAUCUGCUUGUUCUCCAACCUUGUAAAUUGCUCGUUGCAAUUACAAUUGUAUUUCAAGUGCCGACUAUCAUUAGUUGUGUAUCAUGACAGACUAUAAUGUAUAUGAUAUGUACAAGAAUAUGGUUUUGCUUGAACAGGGGCUUUGAGCACCGACACUGA